UUGUAUCAGUAGAUAAGCUAGCUGUAGAAAGCAGCUCUACGUCUUCGUGUUCAAAGACUGUAAGUCUACCAACUACAGUCUAGCCAGAGGUGUAGCUUAGCUAGAUCUAGCAGAGAUAUUCUCGUGGAUUUAGUGAGCUAGUAAUCGAGUAAAUGUCAAACUGUGAUCCAUUUAGAUAAACUAAUCUGAAAAUGGCCCAAGGACUUGAUCAUCCUGGACCAGUUGUUGCUGAUCUCGAGCAAGAGGUGACCUGUGGCAUCUGUCAUGACCACUACCAGGAGCCAAAGCUGCUCCCUUGUUGUCACUACUACUGCAAGCAUUGCAUCCUCACACUCUCCAGUCGCUACCGACCCAACCAGUCGUUCCCCUGCCCCGACUGUCGUGAGCCCACUAUAUUGCCAGACAACAACCCUGACAGACUACCCACUGCGUUCUUUAUCAACCGGAUGAAAGCACUCCACUCGAGGAUGGAGAAAGCCCACGGCAAUUUAGAGACCACCUGUGAAAUGUGCUCUAGAGGAAAAGCUAUCGCAUUUUGUCGACAGUGUGUGAACUUUAUAUGCAAUACUUGCGUUGAUUCCCACAAACAUAUGAGAGUAUUUGCCGGACAUGCCAUCUCCACUCUGGACGAGCUCAAACAGGGCGGAGUGAAAAAAUUAACAUUCGAAAAUACACCACCCCCAAAAUGCGAGGAUCAUGAGGAGCCAAAAAAUAUUUUCUGUUUUGAUUGUAACAAACUCAUCUGUCAACACUGUAUUGUGUUUGAUCACCGUGACCACAAGUCAGAGUUUGUUAAAAAAGCUGCCCCUGCAACUUGCAAAAAGCUGACAGAGCACCUCUCCCCACUCAAGAACCUACUGCCUGAUCUGAGCACCGCUGUGAAUCAAGUGAAAGGAACUAAACAGAAGAUUCAGGCCCAGAAAGAACUGACAGAGAGACAAGUGAAUGCCAAAUUCCAGGAGCUACACGAUAUUCUCGAUCAAUGCAAGAUCUGUGUUUUACGGGAAUCUUCUGCUUUGGCUGAUUCAAAGAUGGAGAAGCUGACGGUUCAAGAAGAGAGUCUGGACCUGUCCCUGGGUAUUGCUCAGAGUUUGAUUGCUUUUGUAGAGCGUACACUGGAGAAUGCAAGUAAUGAAGAACUGGUUACAAUGCAAGAGCAGGUGGUGAGUCGAAUCGAUGCCGAGGUGGUUAAGCGAGGGAAGGAAGCAGCCAAUCCUGAUCCAGUGGAGAAAGAUGAAUUUGGAGUUGAUUUUGGAGUUGAUUUCGAAAUGUUUGUUUGCAAGGGUCUCAAGAAGUUGUGUGAGAACAAUGUUAUUGCUUAUCCUUCUGUGAGGGGUGAUGGUGUGAAGGCUGAAGUUGACAAAUGUGCAAGGCUGAAUAUCUAUAUCAGUUCAAAACAAGGCAAACCACAAGCAGUACUAAAAUCGCUAGUUGAUCAAUCAACCCAACAAUUACAAGCAGUGCAUGUGAGGGGUGGAGUGUACAGCGUUGAGUACAUCCCUAGGGUACGUGGUCGACACCACCUCCUGAUCUCAGUGGACGACCAGCCCAUCCCAGGAAGCCCCUUCUCUGUGUUCAUCAAAAUACCCCCCACCAAGCUGGACAAGCCAGUGAGGGUGAUAAGAGGAAUCAAUAACCCUCGUUAUAUGGCAUUCAAUUCGUCAGAAGAAUUGAUUGUAACUGACCUUGGCGGUGAUAUUUUGGUAUUGGACAAGAAAGGAGAACAAAUUCGAAGCAUCAUCCAAUCAAAGCAUGGGUUUGGCUAUAUCUAUGGUGUGGCAGUAGACAAGGAGGACAACAUCUAUGUCUCUGACUUUGGCAAACACUGUGUGUACAAGUUCAACAAAAGAGGAGAUCUGCUGAAGAGGUUUGGGACGAAUGGAAGCGGUCCAAAGGAACUUCACUUUCCUCGAGGGAUAGCAGUCGCUUGUGAUCAAGUGUUUGUGUGCGAUUUGAAUAAUCACCGAGUCCAAGUAUUGACGACAGAGCUGGAGCUAAUCAAGCAGAUUGGUUCAAAGGGAAGUGGUGAUGGACAUUUUAAAACACCAGAGGAUAUUGCAGUGGGAAAUGAACAAAUGGUGUAUGUCACUGACUGUCAUAAUCAUCGCGUUCAAGUGCUCACUAUGGAUGGUCGGUUUAUUCGCUCGAUUGGUAAGAAAGGAAGUGGACUAGGAGAACUGUCUUCCCCUUGUGGUGUGUGUUUCACUAGUUUUGUUUAUGUUGCUGAGAAUAACAACAAUCGUGUGUCAGUGUUCACUAAAGACGGUCAGUUUGUCACAUCAUUUGGUAAUGGUCAUAUCACUUAUCCUAUUGGAGUAGCUGUGGACGCUGAUGGUUUUGUGUAUGUGUGCAGUCCAGAAUCUGUUAUUGUCUUUUAAAUUAGUAGUGAUCAUGAUAGUAUUAAUUGCAUGUUAAGUUGAAUUGUUAAUUCUUAUUGUUCUGUAAUAAUAAUAUUAUUAUUGAA